CCUGAAGGCAUCACUAGUGCAGAUCAGUGUUGUGUGCGGUCUGCGCGCUGUGUUUGCUGCGUUUGUUGCUGGAUCCCCUCUGUCGUCCAUUAGAGCUCGGUUCCAUCCCCACUGUACGGCGCAGGCCCGAAGUAGCGCAGCCGCUCUGAGUCAUUGUAACGUGGAUCCAGCUGUGUACACCAGGUGGCCGAUAAUGGACGAGCACGUCGUUCACCAGACUGAACACAUGACCACCAUCGAGGCCAGCGCCGUCAGCCAACAGGUCCAGCAGGUACAUGUGACCACCUUUACCGAAGCGUCCAUGAUGAGCGCUGAGGAAGACUCAACGUCCUCACCAGAUGAUGAUCCUUAUGACGAUACGGACAUCCUCAACUCAGCUGGCACUGAUGAGAUCACAGCUCACCUGGCUGCCGCAGGGCCAGUAGGCAUGGCAGCUGCUGCUGCUGUGGCAACUGGUAAGAAAAGAAAGAGGCCUCAUAUCUUUGAAUCCAACCCCUCUAUCCGCAAGAGGCAGCAGACGCGUCUGCUCAGGAAACUGCGAGCUACCCUGGAUGAGUACACUACUAGAGUGGGCCAACAGGCCAUAGUGCUGUGUAUCUCUCCCUCAAAACCCAACCCUGUGUUCAAGGUGUUUGGUGCUGCUCCUCUGGAGAAUGUGGUGAGGAAGUAUAAGGGCAUGAUAUUGGAGGAUCUGGAGAACGCAUUGGCUGAACAUGCCCCCGCUGGUGGAGAGCUGGCCUCAGAGUUGCCUCCCCUCACCAUCGAUGGCAUCCCUGUUUCUGUGGACAAGAUGACCCAGGCCCAGCUGCGAGCGUUCAUCCCAGAGAUGCUGAAGUACUCAACGGGCCGAGGGAAGCCUGGCUGGGGUAAGGAGAGCUGCAAGCCAAUGUGGUGGCCUGAGGAUAUCCCUUGGGCCAACGUACGCAGCGACGUCCGCACAGAGGAGCAGAAACAAAGGGUGUCUUGGACGCAGGCAUUGCGGACUAUUGUUAAGAACUGCUACAAGCAGCAUGGCCGUGAGGAUCUGUUGUAUGCUUUUGAAGACCAGAUAACCACGACGACCACCACCCAGCACCACCUGACCACUGCGCAGAGUAUCGCUCAUCUUGUGCCCUCGCAAACUGUGGUACAGACCGUCAACAACCCUGACGGAACAGUCUCGCUCAUCCAGGUUGGCACAGGACACACAGUUGCCACCCUGGCAGAUGCCUCGGAGCUGCCAGGUGUGACGGUGGCACAGGUCAACUACACCACAGUAACUGACGGAGAGAUUGUCCCUUUCGAGGUGGAGCAGAACUGGGCCACCCUCCAGGGCGGCGAGAUGACAAUCCAAACCACUCAGGCCUCAGAGGCCACGCAGGCUGUAGCAUCCCUGGCAGAAGCCGCUGUUGCCGCAAGUCACGAAAUGCAGCCCGGAGCCACCGUCACAAUGGCUCUUAACAGUGAGGCAGCAGCCCAUGCUGUAGCGACGUUGGCGGAGGCUACUCUACAAGGCGGAGGGCAGAUUGUCCUGGCAGAGACAGCAGCUGCUGUUGGAGCACUGGCAGGGGUUCAAGAUGCCACAGGUCUGGUCCAGAUCCCAGUCAGCAUGUACCAGACUGUAGUGACCAGCCUCGCCCACGGCAACCGGCCUGUCCAGGUUGCCAUGGCACCUGUUGCCACACGCAUAGAUAACACUGUCACACUUGACGGCCAAGCCGUGGAAGUUGUGACCCUGGAACAGUGACAAUUAAGACCCUGGAAACAGUAGGAGGCACUGAAUGCCACCUUGGAGAUUUGAUUAUCCUACUGUCUUCCAAGACAUCACGCUGUGUACAAUGUCAAAUAUAUUUUUAAAUGUACAGCUGGAGGGGUAGCAAAAGUGAGUUAUCAAUGUGUUUACUAUGUAAAGAUAUUGCUUUUGUUGGUAUGAUUUUUCUCCAAUUUAGCUUCAUGUUUUUUUUUGUUAGCUCUGUGAUGUUGAGUAUUUAUUUCUUUACAAUUAAUCUUUACUUAAAACAAAGAUGAACCAAAAAGCCACCAUGCUUCAUCCAGAGUGUGUAACUAUCACUGUUCUGGAUUUACAUUAUCGUCUAUGUGCUUGACUGUUUUGUUUUUAGGAUGCAUUUACAAUUCAGUGCCAUAGUCAGAGAUCACUCCUAUGUUACCCAUAUCCUUGAUCCCUAUUCUAAAUGUCACUCUUUCCACCUCAACUCACCUAAAACUCUGGAACAGCAUCUGAGCUCCCAGACAUUUCACACAUUAGAUGAGGAAAUAUUGUUGUAUGCUUUUCCCAUUUCUGUUUUACUGUAGUGCACGCACAAGCCAAGAUUUGUGAAGACUCAGGAUAUACAUCAAUAUGUUUUUUACUGCUGAGCUGCCUUCCUGAAGCAGCUAUUUUGUCUACCAAAUGCAUUUAUUUACAGUGCAUGGAUAGGGGCAUCCUUUGGUAUGUUUUUUUUUUUUUAACAUUAACUUGUAUGUCACUUGUCAUACUUGGACAGGAGCUGCAGUAUUUGUGAUGCAAAUAUCAAAAAGGCAUCUCUUUAAAUCUUGCAACAAACCUAAAUUUGCUUGUUAAGAAUCAACUUAGUUUGAUGCAGCUUAACAGUUGGUUCAAUUUUCACCACUAUUUAAAAAAUAAAGUCCAAUAAAAUGGCUGCUGUUCACCAUUCA